AUGCCACCAAAGCGGUCUGUGAAAAAUAAAGGCAAGGUUCGAUGGAGCAAGCUCUACUCUUUUGCGUGCCUGCAGCCUAGUACGAAGGAGGAGCCUACUCUUCAACAGUUUGGUGGCCCUGGAUUUACAAGGGUGGUUUUCUGCAACCAAUCUCAUUUUCAGAGGAACAACUCAAGUAGAUAUCCAAACAACUCAAUCUCCACAACCAGAUAUAACUUUGUGACCUUUCUUCCAAAGGCAUUAUUUGAGCAAUUUCGACGAGUUGCAAAUGUCUAUUUUCUUUUGACUGCAAUCCUGUCGGUGACACCAGUGGCUCCUUUUUCUCCACAGAGUGUCAUCGCUCCGUUGGUUCUUGUUGUGGGUAUAAGUAUGGCUAAGGAAGCACUAGAAGAUUGGCGUCGAUUUGUUCAGGAUAUUAAGGUGAACUCCCGUAUGGUGAAAGUUCAUGUUGGUAAUGGAAAUUUCAUUAAUAAACCUUGGAAAGAACUUCAUGUCGGGGAUGUAGUAAAAGUUGAGAAAGACCAAUACUUUCCAAGUGAUCUACUUAUUUUAUCUUCAAGCUAUGAUGAUGGUCUUUGUUAUGUUGAGACUAUGAAUCUAGAUGGUGAAACCAAUUUGAAACUUAAGAGAUGCUUGGAGGUAACACUUCGUUUGGAUACUGACAUUGAGUUUGCAGACUUUAAAGCUACAAUUAAAUGUGAAGAUCCUAAUCCAAACCUUUACUCAUUCAUCGGUAACCUAGAGUAUGAAAGCGAAGUGCAUGCAUUGAGCCCUUGCCAGGUGCUUCUUAGAGACUCGAAGCUCCGCAACACUGAAUACAUCUAUGGAGUCAUAAUUUUCAGUGGUUGUGAUACAAAAGCUAUACAGAAUUCGACUAAAGCUCCUUCUAAGCGAAGUCGCAUUGAGAGAAAGAUGGACUUAAUCAUAUAUAUUUUGUUUUCUAUGCUCGUUCUAAUGUCGCUCGUUAGUGCUGUUGGGACUUGUGUCUUCGUGAAGCUUCAUUUAGAGGAUUGGUGGUAUGUAAAGCCAGACGAGGAUGACCCAUUUUUUAACACAAAGGCACCUGGUUUGUCUGGUCUCCUUCAAUUGGUAAGGGCUUUAAUUCUUUACAGUUACCUGAUACCUAUCUCUCUUUAUGUUUCCAUCGAGAUAGUUAAAGUGCUGCAAGCCGUGCUCAUCAAUAAUGAUAUUGCAAUGUAUGAUGAAGACACCAGCAAAUCUACUGAAGCAAGGACUUCAAAUUUGAAUGAAGAGCUUGGUCAAGUUGAAAUAAUCCUUUCUGACAAAACUGGCACUCUUACAUGUAAUCAGAUGGAAUUCAAGAAGUGCUCCAUCGCUGGAAUAUCAUAUGGCGGUGAGGUCAAUGAGGUUGAUGUAGCUGCAUCCAAAAGGAUGAAAUUAGAUAUGAAAAAAUGCAAAUCUUCAUCGGAGGCUGACCAUGUAGGACUUGGGAAUUUUACAUUUUCAAUAACUGAACCUGAUACUGCAAGUGGAAGUUUCAGCAUGCUUGAAUCUUCAGCUGCUGAUUUUAGUACCUCAAAAGAAAUGAGUGAAAUAAAGAAUGAGAUCAUCCAUACAGAUCAUGCGGUUAAAGGUUUCAACUUUAAAGAUGGUCGGCUCAUGAACAUGAAUUGGAUAAAAGAGCUGAAGAUUUCAGAUUUAGCUAUGUUUUUCAGGGUCUUAGCCUUGUGUCAUACUGGGAUACCUGUUGAACAAGAUGAAAUGGGAAAGUUCAAGUAUGAAGCAGAGUCUCCAGAAGAAGUGGCUUUUCUGAUUGCUGCACAAGAAUUUGGGUUCACUUUUUGCUGGAGAACACAGUCUAUGAUGGUACUCAAGGAGCUUAAUCUGUCCACAGGAGAGGAGGUUGAAAGGCAAUACACACUUCUGAAUCUUCUAGAGUUUAAUAGUUCACGCAAGCGGAUGUCUGUCAUACUGAAGGAUGAGGAUGGGCAAAUAUUUCUUUUAUCUAAGGGAGCUGACAGUAUCAUAUAUAAUCUCCUUGGAAACAAGGGUAAAUCUUAUCAAGAGGCAACACGUGCACACCUCUCAGAAUAUGCAGAAGAUGGGUUGCGAACUCUGGCAAUUGCAUAUAGGAGGCUGGAAGCUGUUGAGUAUGGAAAAUGGAAUCUAAUGUUUACUCAGGCAAAGACUACAAUAGGUCCAGAAAGAGACGAGUUGUUGGAGUCUGCAUCUGAAAUGAUCGAACAAGAUCUCAUUCUUUUAGGGGCUGUUGCUAUUGAAGACAAGUUGCAGAAAGGGGUCCCUGAAUGCAUUGAUAGACUUGCUCAAGCAGGACUGAAGAUAUGGCUACUCACUGGUGACAAGAAGGAGACUGCAAUUAACAUUGGAUUCUCUUGCAGUCUACUUAGAGAUGACAUGAAGCAGUUUCACUUAUGCAAUUCAUCCAAAUCAAACAGUAGAGAUAUUUUGAAAGAGGAGAUUUUAGCCCAGAUCAAAACUGCACAGCAAGUAAUUACUCAAGACCAGGAUAGAACUACACCCUUUGCUUUAAUUGUAGAUGGUGAAGCUCUUGAACUUGCUCUUCACAAUGAGGUCAGGAAUUCUUUCUUAGGUUUGGCUGUUGAUUGUGCUUCUGUCAUUUGUUGCCGCGUGUCUCCCAAACAAAAAGCUAUGAUUACCAGACUAGUGAAGGAGUAUGCUGGAAUGACAACUUUAGCAGUAGGAGAUGGUGCUAAUGAUGUUGGCAUGAUUCAAGCAGCAGAUAUUGGAAUAGGAAUUAGUGGAAUGGAAGGCAUGCAGGCAGUCAUGGCAAGUGACUUCUCAUUGCCACAAUUCCACAUGUUGGAACGGUUACUCCUAGUGCAUGGCCAUUGGUGUUACAAGAGAAUUGCCAAGAUGAUUCUCUAUUUUGUGUACAAGAAUGUAGCAUUUGGCAUGACUCUCUUUUACUAUGAGAUAUACACUGGAUUCUCCGCAGACCUCCUAUACGAUGAUUGGUAUAUGAUGUUGUUCAAUGUUGUUCUUACAUCCUUACCAGUUAUAGCACUGGGUGUUUUAGAACAGGAUGUUUCAUCAGAUGUCUGCCUUCAGUUCCCAGCACUCUAUCAGCAGGGCCAAAAGAACAUAUACUUCAGCUGGACCCGAAUUUUUGGUUGGAUCGGCAAUGCCUUGUUCGCCUCCCUCACCAUCUUUAUCUUGAACAUAUACAUCUUCCUCCCUGCUGCUUUCCUCGGUGAGGGACAGGUGGCAGACAUUGAACACCUCGGAACCAUCAUGUACACGUGCAUCAUCUGGACAGUCAAUUGCCAAAUGGCUCUCAUCGUCAGCCGCUUCACUUGGAUUCAGCACUUUUUCAUUUGGGGCAGCAUCUUAUUAUGGUACGUGUUCUUGGUGGCGUAUGGUGUGUUGCCGGUAACACUGUCCAAGAACAACACCCUACUUUUCUUGGAAGCCCUUGGUCCUGCAUCAAUCUAUUGGUUGGCCACCCUCAUUGUUGUCAUUGUAUGUCUGCUUCCAUAUUCCAUCCAUGCUUCUGUCCAGAGGUUGUUUUAUCCAAUGGAUGACCAUGUUAUUCAAGAAAUGGAGCGUUGUAAGAGAGACGUCAACGAUGGUUACGCGUGGGAGAAGGAGAAGAAGAAUUCCAAGAAGAGAGCACACGUAGGGUUUUCAGCCAGGGUGGAUGCCAAAGUACGGUAUUGGAGAAAGAAAGCAUUUGCAAGUGAAGAAGAUUUCACUCCUUAAGCCGGUUUGAAGCAGUCCUCUGCCUUGAUCAAUGCAGAUUUGUUUCGUAUAAUUUUUGUUAAUGUUUCCAUUGUUUUCUUUUUGAGCUGAGAAAAAGGCAAUUUAUAGUUUUCUGGAUUCUGUGAUUCCAAGAUCGAAGUGACAGGGUAA